ACUCUUUGCUAAAUGCAGUUCUUCAUCGCCACUGCUGUCUGCGCCCUCGUGGCUUGCGGUGCCUUCGCCGAGGAAGCCGCUAAGAAGGAAAAGGUCGAAGGGCGCGGAGGCCUUCUGGGUGGUGGUCUCGGAGUCGGCGGCUACGGCGCUGGUCUCGGAGGCGCCGGCAUCGGAGCAGCUGGUCUUGGAGGCGUUGGUCUCGGAGGUGCAGGCAUCGGAGCAGCUGGACUUGGCGGCUACGGAGGUGGACUUGGCGGCUACGGAGGUGGCUACGGCCCGGUAGUUGCUGGCGCUGGUCUCAUCGGAACCGGCGGUCUCGGAUACGGUGGUCUUGGAUACGGCGGUAUUGGAUACGGUCGUCUUGGUGGGUUGGGCUAUGGUAGCGGUCUGGGUUACGGUGGCGGCUACCAGUCUGGAUACGGUGCUUCGGCCGGUGGCCAGCAGGGAGGAUACCAGGGUGGCGCUGCCGGACACAACCAGGGGUCUGCUGGUUUCGCGGGAGGAGCUGCCACGAGGAACGUGAACGCCUACAACAACAACCAGGGGUACAGCCACACCUCAGGAUUCUCUGCCAGUGACAGCAAGGUCUUUGGAACCGGACAGAAGCAGGGAUCUGCUGGAUUCGGAAGUGGAGGCGCUGGUCACCAGGGAGGAUACGGACUGCAGAAUUUCGGACAUACCGCCGGUACCGGCUUCGGUGGAGGAUACCUCGGCUGAA